GAAUCCCUAGCCAAUUUUUUUCAUCCUUAAUGUCUGCCCCAGUUCCUGAACCUCCUCCUGCGUUUGCUGUUGCUGCUGCCAGCAUCUCGACAGGUACUACGACCAUCCCGAGUGCUGCAGCGACCAUCCCGGGUGCUGCUGCUGUCCUUCAACCAGGCAGAGAUGAGGACCUGCGAAGAGAACAAAGAUCAUGCAAGACCAGGCUAUCAAACAGUCAAAGGCAAAGAAUUGUAGAAGCAAUUCUACCAUAUGCAAAAAAAAAACAUUCAGGUGAGUACACAGCUCAGAAAGCAAUAAUCAGCAAGGUUGCUGAUGAAUUCAAUGUUUCCAGAAGAAGCAUAGGAGACAUAUGGAGCAGAGGUAGAAAAUACCCAAAGGACAACCAUCAGAUCACUAGCUGCUGCACUCGAAAUAUUAUUUGGCCAACUCUGAAAUGGAUCCUUACAGAACUUGUAAGUCAAAGAGAUUCAUCACCAAGAAGCAUUGUGCUUCAGCAAGACAAUGCCAGACCCCACAUUUCUGGGACAAACCAAGACUUCAUGACAGCAGGAAAUGCAAAUGGUUUCAACAUUACAUUAAGUAACCAACCCCCUAACUCCCCAGACCUAAACAUACUUGACUUGGGGUUUUUUAGAGCCAUCCAAUCUCUGAAAGAGAAGUGUGCUCCAAAAAAUGUGGCAGAACUUGUGGAAGCAGUUAGGGGUGCAUAUGCAGCUCUUACAGCAGAGACAUUGAACAAGGUAUGGUUAAGCUACCAAGAUGUGAUGCAGCAAGUUAUGAAUGAUGAAGGAGGAAACAAGUACAAACUACCACAUAUGGCCAAGGAUAGAUUGGCUAGACAAGGAGCACUACCAGUGUGUCUAAAUGUACCACAUACAUUGGUGGAGAAGGCAGUAAGGGUCCUUGCCCAAGCUACUGGACAAAGUGAACAGCAAGACCAGCCUGAGUUCAUGCCUGAAGAUGGAGAAGACUUCUCAUCUUCAGAGAUGAACUAAGUGUUUAUGAAAUGAACACAAUCUUUUUGA